ACAAUAUGCAACCAAGGGCUGAAGCGCUGAACACAAUGCGUGUAGGUAGAUAAUGGUUCCGCUAAUGGCACACCAUAAUGUUCUGGUCAACGUUCUCGGAACGUUCUAAUCGUUCAAUUUUCGAGCGUUCUAGGGUGAGGUAGGCAUAUCUGGAGUAUGACUAGCGUGUCACUUAACGCAUGAGGAGCGUGAAGUGAAGACAGCCCUGAAAACUAUUCGCGUGUGCUGACGUCACUGGCGCGCGACGAACGAUUAAACGAUUAGUCAACGUUAGAAGAGCGUGGUUGAUUAACGUGAUUCACGUGUGAAUAACAACAGAAUAGGGUUUUGCUGGCGUGUGUGUUUUAUGUUUAAACGGGUAUAAAACGCUGGAAAGUCAUAGUGGAGUCAGUUGUUCUUCUGAGAGUGAACAAUGAACAGCAUGCCGCUAAGACGAAAACAAUGUGUGAGGGGGUCUUCUGCUACUAGCGCUGCAAGUAAGACGAAUGCAAAGUCUCUUUCUCUAGCAAUGUCUUCGGAUGAAGAACAACACCACGAGGAAGAGCCCAUCCGAGGUAUGACACCCCGUGAAGACCCUGAAGACCCCAUUGAGGACGUCCCGACCAUGGCAAAGAGAAGGAGGAAGCAGAGGAAGGACUGCAGGAUCCAGGACCAGGCGGUGGAGGAAAGUCUGGUGGAUUUUUUCCGCGAAAACGAACUGCUGUGGAACUCAAAGAAGACAGAAUACAGGAACAAGGCGAAGAGGCAACGGGUACUCGAGACCAAGGCCACAGAGCUGGAGAUCGGGGUGGACCACCUGUGGACCUGGUUCAAGUCCCUCAGGGACAUGUUCACUAGGUUGGACAAGAAGAAGAGUGGGGAGGGCCAGCAACAGUUGACGGAGAGGGAGAUGUGGAUAAAAGACAAAUUUGACUUUUUCCACCGUGCUGUCAACCACCGCUCAAAGCACUUCCGGAGUUUGAAGGUGAUUAAAGUUGAAACUCAGGGGGAGCGGGCAGCGGCGGAGGAGAGGAUUGAUGUUGACGAGUUUGCUGAGAUCGUCCCCGUCUUACAACGUCAACCUGCCCCAGCCCCGUCGGUGUCCUCCGACAUGGAGACCCUCCAGAGGAAGGCCAUGGAGAGCGGCGAGAUGCUGACGAUGCUGCGUGAGCAACUCCCGCCUCCCGAGCCAGUCACCGAGAGGACCACCUACGCCGCCUACGUCAAAAGUGUGCUGCUGGGGAUGAGUGUAAAGGACUUUCGCCGGGCCCGGAAAGGCAUCAACAAGGUCCUGAGGCCCUUCUGCGAGUCGGAUUCAACCGACGACAGUGAGGACCAGCCCAAUAGACUAUGUUAAUAUGAUUAAUGUAGUCUCCUAUGUCUACCAGAGAAGAAAGGGUACAUUGAUAGACUGCCAAAACAAUAAUAGUUUAUCUCAGUGACCCUUCUCCCUACCUUGCUUUCCUUAGAGAAAUUAUCUCUUGCUUGAUCUUUGCCUGACCUUUUGUUAAGAAACUAAACUCAUACAACAAUGAAACA